AAUAGCCAUUCCCCCCAUUCAGCGCCGAUUAGGGAUUUCAUUCACGUUUCUUAUUUUCUAUUCCAUUUUCUGCCCUCAUCAACUUCAUCUUCUCAGACAUUUCUCUUUCAUAUUGCAAGCAGCCUAACAGGUCGUUACAUCACUCUUUUAGCAGCUCGCACUCUUCCCCUGUUUAUUUUACAGGUUCAAAUUAAACCUUCUGGACAAACUGAUUCAUGCAUGGUUACAAGAAGUAAUUUCAAGAACCUAUAUUGGACAGUGACUCAACAAGUAGCACACCACACAAUCAAUGGUUGCAACCUGAGGCCAGGCGAUCUCCUUAGAACUGGGACCAUUAGUGGGUCUGAAUUUGAAUCAUUUGGAUGUUUGCUGGAACUAACAUGGAAUGGACAAAAACAAUUUCCAUUAAAUGGGACAACUCAAAAAUUCUUAGAAGAUGGAGAUGAAGUAAUCUUCUCUAGUUGCUGCAAGGGAGAUGGUUACAAUGUUGGUUUUGGAACCUGUGCUGGUAAGAUUGUCCCACCACGCGAUUGAGGAAACUUUUUUACUUUGGAGAUAAAAGAAGAUCAUGUGCCACUCACUCAAGUCGUUGUUGAUUUAAGAGAGAUCAUACUGGAAAUUCAGAGAGCUGACGAAAUGGUGUGUUUGUUGUAUAUGUGUUGACUGAUCACUCCUACAAUGUUAAUAUAGUUGUAGGACUUGAUGGUAUGCUGGAACCUGGGUUUGCCCAUUAAGUAAUAAUAUUUACUAGCUAGCAAAGCCAACUUUUUUAUUUA